GUUAAUGAGACAUCUCCCCGGAGGAGAGAAAUGCAAUGCGUUGGAAGCAGUUCUCCCAGUGUCCAGGGCUCUAUGAAAAAGAGAAAUCAAAGAAAACACGCAAAAAUAAAGGACUCAAAAUGAGCUGCCUGCUAGGGCUUGGAGCCCUGCAAUGAAGAGAAGUGAACCAGAAGCCGAGCGCCUUUGAGUCACCACCAAGAUUCGCCUGAGGUGCGCUCCGCACGUCCGCGUUAGGACUGGGAGACACGCCUUCUCCUCACACAAACCUUCCAGAUCCCUGGUCUCCGCGGACUCAGGGGUGGUGCUACAAGUCCGGCCACUUGCAGUCCUGACUGGCAGGGGCUGGGAACCGGCCGGCGUUGCACCGAUCCAGCGCCACAGGUUGGAAAAAUAGGAGCUGUCCCCAGGACUGUCGCCCUGGAAGGCAGAUCACGGGUCGUUGCUGGAGUCGGACCCCAGGACUACACAGGCUUGGGAGAGGGGCAGGAAACCUCUGAAACCCGACACCUCUUGCCGCCGAGGAAACUUCGCAGGCUGUUUCCUAUCAUAAUCCUCUACCCAGAGGGAAUCAGUCCUUCUUGAAGGUAAGAAGGGAUUCUCAGGAAUGACCAAAACAAGAAAGGAGAACAAAACAUUGCAGAUGAAACUGGAUGAGCCUGUUCUCAAAGAUGCCAAGAAGGAAUAAAGGGAAUCUGUCAAAUGGACGUCUUCAUAAGCCUUCCUCUAUCCAUCUGUAUAACCCACACAUCAGAAAGUUGUACCAAAUGGCAAAUCAUUUUGCUAACCUCAAGAGUGGAAAGCACAUCAAGUAUUUAGUGGGUGAUGGUGUAAUUCAAAGGCCCACCCAGACCAUCACUAUGACCGAUGGGGACUAUGAUUAUCUGAUCAAACUCCUGGCCCUUGGAGAUUCGGGGGUGGGGAAGACGACAUUUCUUUAUCGCUACACAGACAAUAAAUUCAAUCCCAAGUUCAUCACGACAGUAGGGAUAGACUUUCGGGAAAAACGUGUGGUUUAUAACACACAGGGACCAAAUGGGUCAACAGGGAAAGCAUUUAAGGUGCAUCUUCAGCUUUGGGACACAGCAGGACAAGAGCGAUUCCGGAGCCUCACCACUGCGUUUUUCAGAGACGCCAUGGGUUUCUUAUUAAUGUUUGACCUCACCAGUCAACAGAGCUUCUUAAAUGUCAGAAACUGGAUGAGCCAACUGCAAGCAAAUGCUUAUUGUGAAAAUCCAGAUAUAGUAUUAAUUGGCAACAAGGCAGACCUGCCAGACCAGAGAGAAGUCAACGAACGGCAAGCCCGGGACCUGGCUGACAAAUACAGCAUACCAUAUUUUGAAACAAGUGCAGCGACUGGCCAGAAUGUGGAAAAGGCUGUGGAAACCCUUCUGGACUUAAUAAUGAAACGAAUGGAACAGUGUGUAGAGAAGACCCAAGUCCCCGACACUGUCAAUGGUGGUAGUUCUGGGAAGCUGGAUGGGGACAAACCAGCAGAGAAGAAGUGUGCCUGCUAAACUUUACCCUACGAACUGAUCAUCCAGAACCCCACGCAGGCAUCACUUCCAAAAAGAGUGACAAACCACACAAUUGUUGUUGAGUAGACCAUGCAUAAUGGCAUGUCUUUCUUUUUCUGCCAGAAAAUCUAUUUUAAGAAGUCAGAGUAGUCAACAGUGUUCAAAAGAGUUGACCAGUUGUCCCUGAGGCCCCUCCAAACAAGAUCAAAGAUUUUCCAUUGUCAUCGUACCAUCAUGGAUGCUCAAUUUGUUUUCCUUAUAAAGAAGAUGAGUAUAUAAGAGAGUAUACAAGAAGAAAUAUCAGGGAGUUUUCAAUCAGAACCAAAGGUACCUUGUCACGUUGGGGACAAGAAUAAGCUUCUAAAGGGGUAACAUAGAAAGAUGACUUUUUUAAACGGUUGGAUUUACUUCUUAUAUAGAAUCUGAUUUGUACUUUUAUAGGUUUGCAUUGGGGGAAACAUAUUAGCUAAAAAUGCAUAUACACAAAAAAGAAUUCUAAGUGGUUCAUUAAGAGUGACAUUACUAUGUACAUCCUAUAAGCUGUGCUAGAAUGACUACCUUAUGAGAGGAUGAAUGUCAGACUUCUGAGAAAAUGUAGGAGACUGUGUAAUAAUGCCAUUUGUAUAUUCUUCAUAAAUGGCAGAUAGACAAGAAUAGGACUGUGAAUAACAGAGGACAAGAGAAAUGCCCAGGCAGAAAAAUGAAGGUAUGGGAACAUGGCAUUUGGGCAACUGAAAUUAAAUGUAUCUGUUACAGAUGUCUGGGAGAGAUACUUAGCCAAAUUUCACUCAUGCCAGUUAGAAGCUGACAUUAUCAGUUGGGAUUAAGAGAGUCUCCAGAGGUUUGCAUUUCCAACAAAAUUUUAGAAAUUGGUGUAGUGUUCAGCUUCACCUUUCAUAUUUCUUAGCAAUCAUGAUAAAAAGUCACAAAGAGAAAUUAAAGAUUGCUGUUUAUUAACUAUCUCUUUAUGCACUCAAGAAAAACUAUUUAGCCUUAAUUUUUUUAGAUAAAAUAUGUUGG